CAUUGACAUAAAUGUCAUUGUUGAAUUAAAAUUUAGUAAUAAUCAGCAAAGAGUUAGUGAUGAGUGAACGACCAUUUGACAAUUGUUGACAAAUCACAAUUCAGUUAUCAAAAUUUCAGUAAUCCUCUUACGAAUUUCGAUCUGUUAGCUGUUCGCAUUCAAGACAUUCAUCCAUCCGCUUCGCAUCUACCCACAAUUCUAAUUCCGUUUAAUUACAAAUCAGCCAUUUGCGACGUGACGAAUUUUUAGAAAUCACUUACACAUUACGAACCCGCAACGCAGACACUUGUUUUGCCAGUUGGUGCUGCAAUUUUGGGAGAAUCUGUCGGUUUUAAAUUUACAGUCGAUUUUCGAAGAUGGGCAGCGUGAGAUGCAGUUUAUCUACGGUGGGAAAAUGCGCCCAUAUCGUCAGAAAUAUAAAAUUGCAACACGGUAUAAUCUCAGCAAUAUACAACAACAAUCUAACGCAAGGCAGACAGAUAUCGACGAGCAUCAUACUAUACAAGACCACCUCGGAGCCGCCUAAAGGCUUCAACCCGCCGCCGCCGCCGUCGAAAGACUCCUCAGGCGGGGGCGGUAAGAACAAGAACACGCUGUCGUGUCCGAAGUGCGGCGAUCCGUGCACGCACGUCGAGACCUUCGUCAGCUCGACGCGGUUCGUGAAGUGCGAGAAAUGCCACCAUUUCUUCGUGGUGCUGAGCGAGAUGGACAGCAAGAAGAAGGAGGGCGUCGACGCCAAGAUGGGGCAGCACAAGAAGCCGCCGCCUCCGCCGAAGAAGAUCUACGAUUACCUCAACAGGCACGUCGUGGGCCAGGAUUACGCCAAGAAGGUGCUGUCCGUGGCCGUCUACAAUCAUUACAAGAGGAUUUACAACAAUAAUCCGACGCAAUCGCCGAAUUCCAGACAGGAUAUGGCCGUCAUGGAGCACGGGCCUCACAGUAUAACGCACCGAGAUCAACCGCACGUAACCGGUUUGGGUAAUGCUUCGAUAGGUUUGAAUUUCGGCGGACCGUUCGAGACGCAAACGGCCCCCGCCAAGACGGGCCAGGGCUCCGAGAUAUUGGAGAGGACGACGCACGAUUUGAAGUUGGAGAAGAGCAACAUCCUGCUGCUCGGACCCACCGGAUCGGGAAAGACCCUUCUCGCCCAAACGAUAGCCCAAUGCCUGGACGUGCCGUUCGCCAUAUGCGAUUGCACGACGCUAACCCAAGCGGGUUACGUGGGCGAGGACAUCGAAAGCGUCAUUGGGAAGCUGUUGCAAGACGCCGGUUACAGCGUGGAUAGGGCGCAAGUGGGGAUCGUAUUUUUGGACGAAGUCGAUAAAAUCGGCGCCGUGCCCGGCAUACAUCAACUCAGAGACGUCGGAGGCGAAGGAGUUCAACAGGGCAUGCUUAAGAUGCUUGAAGGUACGGUGGUGAACGUUCCCGAACGUAAUUCGCCUCGCAAAUUGAGAGGGGAAACGAUACAAGUCGAUACUACCAAUAUUCUUUUCGUCGCCAGCGGUGCCUUCAACGGAUUGGAACGAUUAGUACAACGCAGGAAUAACGAAAACUAUUUAGGAUUCGGCGCUCCCGUAGUAUCGGGCAAAGGUAGAAGGGCCAUCGCCCAAGAAGCCACGUUGCAUCAUUCUUCUCAAUCCGCCGAAGAGGAGAAUACGGAAAAGGACGCGGCUCUGAGGCAAGUUCAGGCCAGGGAUCUCAUAGAUUUCGGGAUGAUACCAGAAUUUGUGGGAAGGUUUCCCGUACUAGUUCCGUUUCAUUCGCUCGACCAAGCCAUGUUGGUGAGAAUUCUAACGGAGCCCAAAAACGCUUUAGUUCCUCAAUACAAACGGCUCCUGUCCAUGGAUAGUUGCGAUCUCACCUUUACUGCCGAAGCUCUAAACGCCAUCGCCCAUUUGGCGAUGGAUAGGAAAACGGGCGCCAGAGGUCUACGAGCUAUCAUGGAAAGUCUAUUGUUGGAGCCGAUGUUCGAGGUACCAGGGGCGAAUAUUACCGAAGUGAAAGUAACGGAAGAUUACGUUAGGGGUAAAUGCGAUCCGAUAUACGUUAAAAAUGCGGAGGCGUCUAAUCCGGAACCGAACGAAGAAGAUGAAUUCAAUACGACGAUAAGAGUUAAACAAUGAUAGGAUGAUGAUGAUACGCAUAAGUGAACGAAUAAGUGAUUUAAUUUUAGAAUAAACGGUUGCCGUUUCGGGCAACUCGAAUUUUAAGACUAAAUAGGGAAAAUUGUAUAUAAAGAAUUUAAUGAUGUGGCGCUAAAGCGAAACAGAUUCAAAAAAACACGAUUCACGAUUGAAAAUUUGAGAUUUUUUUGCGUUCUUUUUUUUAACAGAAUAACUUGGUCUAGUCAACUGCUGUUUAGAACCAAGAAAGAUGUCUUGAAUGAAUGUUUGAGAUGAUUUUGAAAUUUUACCUUACAGUACAACUGUAAUUCUCAACGGUACGUCUUGUUGUAGAUAUACAGGGUGCGUCACAAGGAGCUUAAGCUUAAUCUUACAUAGUGUCAAAAAACACAAAAUAUCUCCAAGAAUGGUCGAUUUUCGAAAAGUUUCGAUUCUUUAAAAAUCGUACAAAAAUGUUUUUUAUACAAAAUGAAACACAGAGUGUUUCUAUAUCAUAUGCUAAUCGAAAAAGAAAUGUACAAAUACUUUAAGCUCUUCUUGACAUAUACUGUCUUUUACAAACAGAUCUUUUCAAGUUCCUUAAUUCAUUUUUAAAAAUAUUUAUUGAAAAAUGCUGUUAUAAAACCAAUUGAACCGUUCAUCAAGAGUAGUUGAGGACGGUCGUGUCGCCGUCCUAAAUCUAGUGCAAGUUGAUCCUUUUACCGGUAAAAUAAAAAGUAAGAAAAUUUUCACUUUGUACUUAUGGAGUUUUGUCGUUAAAUAUGUUGAAGGUGAUUUUAGUUAUAGCUGUUUUGAAAUACGUUUAACUUCUGUCUUGUAAAUAAUAGGGUAUAUUUAUUGAAAAAUAAAUGUUCGAUACAGGAUAAUUCCGCUGAUAUUGUCCAAGUUUUAACAAAAAGAAUCAUCCUGUAUAAUCG